AUGCACCAAGGAGUCUCACCGCCUAGACAUUCGAAAUGGGAUGGCAAUGGCCGCAAGAGGGUUUGCAAAGCAUGCGAUCGGUGUCGUUUGAAAAAAUCAAAGUGUGAUGGAUCUAGUCCAUGUUUGCGAUGUCGAGGAGAUAAUGCCAUCUGUUUCUUCGGGGAACGGCAGAAGACCCAUGAUAAAGUGUACCCUAAGAGAUAUGUUGAGAUGCUUGAGCAACAACAAGCUUGGCUAGUUUGUGGUCUCCAAGAGCUCUACCGACGAGCCAUUGAUGGCGAGGGCUGCCUAAAAAGGCCGUUGAAACCUGGACACGACGGCUACUCACUCCUGCAAGACCUGCUCAACCAUCUUGGUGUACUCGACCCCUCCAAGGGCGAGCUUUUUGAGGAAAACCCCAAAGCAAUGCUAGAAGAACUCGGGGGUACAAGUCCUCAAGUUCAAUGCAACGAUUUCUCCAAAUCCGGCGCUGACAGCACCCAGUCACCUGUUGCACGCUCGUGCUUCUCAUCAGUUGCCACUCCUUGUCACACCAUGCCGUUGGCCCCGCCUAUAUUUAAUCCCAUGGUCCCCGAGCUGACCUUCGAACCCGAGCUCCAAAUGCCCACCAAUCCUCAAUUCGACACACAGACCAUGGUGAUGCAGCAGAAUAUUGUCAGUACACUCGCAUUGCAGGAAAAUGCACAACGGCAAUGUGGCGAUACCGAAUUCAACCCAUUCGACAAUAUUGACCUGGUCACUAGACCUGACCCUAGAAAUCUUUCCCUUGAAGAUGAAGAGGUCCUUUGGUCGAACUUACCCUUCCAAGUCCCGAUUACUUGUAUGUCCUCGUUCUCACAUAUGGAUCUGAAGAACGACUACGACGAUUUCAACGAGUUCAACGAGUUUGUCAAUCUACACCCAACAGAAAGCAUCUUCAGAUAA